AUGUCGAGCGCAUCGGCUUCCUCGUACAGCAGCGGCACCUCUUCCAUCGGCCUCGCAGCCCAGCCGCUCUCCUUGCCCAAGGUUAUGCUCCGCAGGCUCGCAAGGCAGGCGUCCCAGAACCCCAUCGAGGUCAUCGUCACCAUCUUCAUCGUCGUCACGCUCGCCUACUUCCAGCUCCUCCAUGCGGUCACACAUUCCAACUUCUUCGAGCCCAUCUCGAUCGAGGCCACCAGCCUCGCUUCCAGCUCCACCUCCUCUGGUCUCUUCAAGUGGGCCGGCGCAGGCAAAAAGCACUCCCAACCCAAGUCGUCUUCUCUCAACCCCGCCGUGUCCAGCCAUGUCGACACCGUCUUUGUUCGCAAGGCCGGCGACGCCAACCUCUGGCAACCGCUCAGCCACCUCGCUCAGAAGCGCACACUGCAAGGCCUCGACGACACCACCGCUCUCUUCGAUGCUUCUUCGCCCACUUUCUUCGUCGAGCCCGUCGUUGUGACCAGCGCCAGGGAAUCCUACAUGUCCGCUCAGAUCGAACAGGCCAUCCUCCCCACGCUCUCGGCCAACCUCGCCCACAGCCUCGUCGGCCAAGACGUCACCCCGAACCUCGUUUCCGACAAGGACUCGCAGCAUUCCGCCUACGUCUUUGGCAGCACCUUCGCUGAUCCCGCCGCCUCCACCAACGGCGCCGCCGACCAGACUCUGCGCAACGAAUUCCUCGCCAAGGUCGUCGACCCCUCGCUGCUCUCCAACUCGCUCGCAUCCGCCAUCAAGUCCGUGCCCCGCCCAGCCGGUGCCGUAGCCAAGGCUUCCGUCGCCGAGAUCGACGACCUCUACGACGGCCUCCGCGUCGUCCCGCUCGUGCCCGACGGCGAAUUCAACCCCUACGCUCCCAACAACCUCAAGGGCAAGCGCGCCGGCAACGCAGAAGAGAUCCAGCGCAUCCGUUGGAUGGCCUACGCCGUCAAGGCGCUCGUCGUCCGCUUCUGGGCUCUCCUCAGGAAGGCAGACUCGGCCGACAUCUUUGUCAUGCUCUCGGCCUACAUCCUCAUGCACGGCACCUUUGUCAACCUCUUCCUCUCCAUGCGCAAGUUUGGCAGCAACUUUUGGCUCGGCGCUUCCGUCCUCAUGUCGUCCAUCCUCGCCUUCCUUCUCGCCAUCACCUUUGCCUACCUCCUCGGCGUCACUGUCGAUCCCAUCUGCCUCUCCGAGGCCCUACCCUUCCUUGUCAUCCUCGUCGGCUUCGAGAAACCCUACCUGCUCACCCGCGCCAUCUUCACCCACCCCGACAUCACCCCCUCCGCCAACGCUCUCACCUCCAAGGAGCGCUCCGAGCUCAUCCUCAGCAACCUUGAUCACGCCUCCAAGCCCGACAUCGGCACGCUCGGCAAGACCCCCACCGCAGCCACCAACGGCGCCGCCGCCGUCUCCCGCGAGGAGUCCUUCGUGCGCGCCCUCACCGAGCGUCUCAAGAACGAGGACAGCCUGCGCUGGGCCGAACCCACCCCGACGCCCGCGCAUGAGAUCGUCGUCUCCGCCGUCAACCGCGUCGGCGUUCCCAUCAUCCGCGACUACCUCAUCGAGAUCGCCGUCAUGGCCGUAGGCGCCACCAGCGGCGUCAGCGGCCUUCGCGAGUUCUGCCAGCUCGCCGCUCUCAUCCUGCUCUUCGACUGCAUCUUCCUCUUUGCCUUCUACGUCUCCAUCCUCACCAUCAUGGUCGAGGUGCACCGCAUCAAGGUCAAGCGCGGCCUCCGCAAGCCCAAGCUCAGCGCCGACCUUAGCCUCGACUCGGAUUCGCCACCUACCAGCCCGCUCUCCGACAGCUCUGCCUCCCGCGAGCCCAGCCCCACGCCUUCCCAGCGUCCGCUCUGGCAAAAGAUCUUCAAGACCGUCUUCGGCUACGCUCCCUCGGAGAAGCGUCGCAAGUCGGAGAACCCGCUCGGCCGCCUCAAGAUCCUCCUCGUCACUUGCUUCCUUGUGAUGCACUCGUUCAACCUCAUCUCGACGCUCACAAGGCAGUCUGCCAUCAGCCGUCACCAUGCCACCUUCGAGCCCUCGCCUUACCAGGUCGUCGUAGAGCAGUCGCCCAUCUUUGGUCCCGCCGCCUCGUCGUCCAUCGCGCCUCUCCUUGCCCAGCUUUCCCUGUCUCACCCCGCCAACGUCGACCUGGUUGCGCACAUCUCGGAGCCCACCAUCCUUGUGCUGCUCGAGGCCAACGAGUCCGUCUCGGCGUCGCGCAGCCCGCUUGCAAGUGCAGCUCUCAACGCAUCCGGAGUCUAUGCACAGAUCACCUCGGCAGGCGUGCGUCCCGUCCCGGUCGGUCGAAGCAGCUCGUCGCUCGCCGUCCUGGACAGCCUCAUGAGCGGCUGGACCGUCAUUGUCGGUGACCCUGUUAUCAGCAAGUGGAUGUCGCUCGCUCUCGGUAUCAGCAUCUUCCUCAACGCCUACUUGCUCAAGGGCAUCGCCACGGGUAACGCCGCCCUCUCCGAGGGCAACGCGGCCGGUGCCGCCGCCUACGCCGCCGCUCGAUUCAUCGGCGCUCAUCUGGACAGCGAGGCCAAGGCCAUCGAAGAGCAUGGUGAGCGCGUGCGACGACGAUGGAGCUCGCGCGAGAACGGCAAGCCCGUCGCUCCCGUGCGUGGCAAGAGCGCAGACGGCCUCAACGACUACCACCAGCGACUCGCCCAAAUGUCCGCCACUGCCGCCUCGGCCCCGCUCAACAAGCUGGCGCGCGAGAGCGACAAGAUCGCUGCCUCGUCGCAGUCGACUGAGGGUGUCAACGCUGUCCCCGCCGGAGCGAUUAAGCCCGAUGCCAUGGAUGCCGUCAAGAAGUCGAACGUCGCGCCUAGCUCCGAAGGCCAAGGCGCCGUUGCCGCGCAAGAGGACCGAGCACAGCAGAUCCGCCUGCAGGAUGCCACCUACGUUGCACCCAACGGCGAGACCGUCGUGCGACCCCUGGAGGAGCUUGUCGACAUCUACGCGGGCGGCGCUGGCGUCUUCUUCCUCACCGACGAGGAGAUCGUCACGCUCAGCCAGAAUGGCAAGAUCGCCGCCUACGCUCUGGAAAAGGUGCUGCAGGACCACGAACGUGCUGUGCGCGUGCGUCGUGCGCUCGUCUCGCGUGCCUCGCACACCAAGACGCUCGAGAGCUCGCUUCUGCCUCACCGCGACUACGACUACGCCAAGGUGAUGGGCGCAUGCUGCGAGAACGUGGUCGGCUACAUGCCCAUCCCCGUCGGCAUCGCGGGCCCUCUCAACAUUGACGGACAGGUGAUGCCCAUUCCCAUGGCUACCACUGAGGGCACGCUGGUCGCUUCCACCUCGCGAGGCUGCAAGGCACUCAACGCUGGCGGAGGAGUGACGACCGUGCUGACGCAGGAUGCCAUGACGCGCGGACCCGCGCUCGAGUUCCCCAGCGUCGUGCAGGCCGCCAAGGCGAAGCGAUGGAUCGACUCACAGGACGGUGCUUCGACCAUCAAGGCCGCUUUCGACUCGACGUCUCGAUUUGCGCGACUGUCGUCGCUGCGCUGCGUGCUGGCGGGCCGCACGCUGUACGUGCGAUUCGCCACCUCGACGGGUGAUGCGAUGGGCAUGAACAUGAUCUCCAAGGGCGUCGAGAAGGCGCUCAGCUUGAUGACCGAGGAGUACUUCCCAGAGAUGAAGGUCCUUUCCCUCUCGGGCAACUACUGCACGGAUAAGAAGCCGGCGGCGAUCAACUGGAUCGAGGGCCGCGGCAAGAGUGUAGUUGCCGAGGCGGUGGUGCCUGGCAGCGUGGUGAAGUCGGUGCUCAAGUGCACGGUGCGCGAUCUGGUCAAUCUCAACACCAAGAAGAACCUCAUCGGGUCGGCCAUGGCUGGAUCCGUGGGUGGCUUCAACGCACACGCGGCCAACAUUCUGACGGCCAUCUAUCUGGCGACGGGACAGGACCCGGCGCAGAACGUCGAGUCGUCGAACUGCAUCACGCUCAUGGAGGCGAUCAACGACGACCAGGACCUGCUCAUCACGGUGUCGAUGCCGAGCAUCGAGGUGGGCACGGUGGGUGGUGGUACGGUACUGCCGCCGCAGCGCUCGAUGCUCGAGAUGAUGGGCAUUGCGGGUGCGCACGCGACGACGCCCGGUGCGAAUGCGCAGAGAUUGGCGCGCAUCAUUGCGGCGUCGGUGAUGGCGGGCGAGCUGUCGCUGAUGGGCGCGCUGUGCGCGGGUCACCUGAUCCAGGCACACAUGAAGCACAACCGAUCCGUGCCGUCGACGCCAGGCACCAUGACGCCGCUGCCGCGACCCGAGACGCCCAAGCACUUUGCCGCCUCGAUGACGCCGCUCGUGGCGCCGCCCGUGGGACAGUCGAAUCGCGGCUCGCCCACAGGCAACCGCUCCAUCUCGAUGACCAACCUCGCCAUCCCCGCGUCCGAUAGCACCGGUCGUGCGGCGUCGCUCUCGUCGAACCAAUGA